UAUGGAAAUUAAUUUCGAAAAGAACUUCGUGACAUUUUUUAGUCUUCUGUUAGUUAAGUUGUCAUCAACAUCUCUAUAAUUUUUUCGGUUUCUAAGAACUAUAAUCAUGACCAGUGUCAUAGUUUUGUACACUUGUGUCGAUAGUCCUCCAGGUAGAACGGUGCAAAUGGCACUGGAAUAUUUGAAAGUACCGUACACAGUAAAGGAUGUGAAUUUUGAUGUUGGAGAGCAUUUUUCGGAGGAAUUUUUAAAGAUGUAUCCACAGGGAGAAAUUCCAGUUUUAGACGAUAAUGGACUGAUCAUUGGAGAAAGCGUCGCUAUUAUCCAAUAUUUGGCUGAAAAAUAUGGAAAGGACGAAACAUUUUAUCCGAAAGAUGAUCUCCGCAUUCGAUCCGUCAUUCAUCAUCGUCUCGCUUUCUAUUUAUCCACGUACUAUCGUCGAGUACAUGAUUAUAUGAUUCUUCCGAUGGACUAUGCCGGAUAUGAACGAACUGAUGAAAAAUUGGCGAAAACCAACCAUGCGUUGAAGGUGUUCAACGAAUUUCUUCAUAGGGACGGAACAAGCUAUGUUGCUGGAGCUACCCUUACAAUUGCCGAUUUACCUUUCGUAAUGGGAACGGUAGCUUUGAAAGCAAUGGACUUUGACUUCAAUUUGUUUCCGCACGUUACUCAUUGGUUUGAGAUGUUUCAACGCAAUCAUUCGGACUUAUGGACAGUUGCUGCGGAGGGUUUAAAGGGCCUCACGUAUUACAAUAAGAAUCCGAGAGAUCUUACGUCACUUAAGCAUUGGUAUCACAUCACCAAGAAAAAUUGAAACUCCGGUCAAUUAUAUGCCGAUCGUACCGAAGAGUAUAAUUAUGUAAGUUUUAACAGUUUCACAAUAAAAACUUAGCAUCCACAAAAGUGCAAAUUAGAAUUCAAA